CAGUAUUAAUUGUGUAUUUAUGUUGGCGUUAACAUCACAUAAUCAUUCAUUUCUGUCUUCUCCAACUUCCUUCACUGAGGUGUCUUGAUGUUACUUCCUGCUGCCACUCCUUCCAGAAUUGCCCAAUCGGCUUUCCCCGGUUCUUCACGUCCAUACAUUAGUGGAGUUCUUCAGUGGGACGAAGGCAGAGCUACGUACUUCAAUCACAGCGUUCAGUCCCGGCCCCUGAUCAUUCUUGAGAGCCCGAGCCGGCUGCCCUCCGCUGAUGUUGUCUUUCUCUUCCAGCAUCUCUUUGUAAAUGCUUAGAAAAGUUUCUGGAUUAAGGCAGAAUUGACACAAAGCGGCAACGCCACUCCAAGCAACACUUGCGAGCGGCACAGAAGUGGUGGGGGGAAACCGAGACGGAGAGAGAGAGAGACAGAGAGAGAAAGCGAGCCCGACACGACGGGGUGAAGGCAACAACCCGGGGGCCCCUCAGAAGACGCCGAGAGCUCUGAUAGCCAGAAGGCGGACGAGUCCAUUCCAGGCAGUGAGUGAGAAAGCAGCAGAGAGGCAGAGGAUCUUUGCCGACGAGGUCGCGAAGGAUGGAAGAGAAGCCGCUCUCUGGGAUCCUGAAUGGAGCCGUUCCAGGAGAGCCCGUGAAGAAGGAUGAAAACUCCCGGAGGGGGAACUGGGGCAACCAGAUCGAGUUUGUCCUCACAAGUGUGGGCUAUGCAGUGGGGCUGGGCAACGUCUGGAGGUUUCCCUACCUCUGCUACAGAAAUGGAGGAGGUGCCUUCAUGCUGCCAUACUUCAUCAUGUUGGUAUUCUGCGGCAUCCCUCUCUUCUUUCUCGAGUUAUCCUUCGGUCAGUUUGCUAGCCUCGGGUGUCUGGGUGUCUGGAAGAUCAGCCCUAUGUUCAAAGGUGUCGGUUAUGGCAUGAUGGUCGUGUCCACCUACAUCGGGAUCUACUACAAUGUGGUCAUAUGCAUCGCCUUCUACUACUUCUUCAUGUCCAUGACGAACCUGCUGCCCUGGACGUACUGCAACAACCCCUGGAACACGCCGGACUGCAGCGGGGUGGUCGGCAGCGGCGCCCAGCUGAACGGCAGCUUGGUGAACGCCACCACCAGCCUGGUAGCCGGGGUGACGGAGGUGGUCAACCGCACCAAGAGGACCAGCCCCAGCGAGGAAUACUGGAAGCACUAUGUACUGAACAUCUCCGAUGACAUAGGAAACUUCGGGGAGGUCCGCCUCCCCAUCCUGGGCUGCCUGGCUGUUUCCUGGUUCGUGGUUUUCCUCUGUCUCAUCCGGGGCGUGAAGUCUUCAGGAAAGGUGGUGUAUUUCACAGCCACGUUCCCUUAUGUCGUUUUGACUAUUCUGUUCAUCCGUGGGAUCACAUUGGAUGGCGCUAUAAACGGCAUUAAGUACUACCUGACUCCACAGUGGCAGAAGGUUCUUGAUGCAAAGGUGUGGGGAGACGCUGCCUCGCAGAUAUUCUACUCCCUGGGCUGUGCCUGGGGCGGUCUCAUCACGAUGGCUUCUUAUAACAAGUUCCACAACAACUGUUUCAGAGACAGCAUCAUCAUCAGCAUAACUAACUGUGCCACCAGUGUGUACGCCGGAUUCGUCAUUUUCUCCAUCCUGGGCUUCAUGGCGCACCACCUGAAUGUUCCGGUGUCUGAAGUGGCUGAUCACGGACCCGGCCUGGCCUUCGUGGCGUACCCUGAAGCCCUCACCCUGCUGCCAAUCUCACCUCUGUGGUCGCUGCUGUUCUUCUUCAUGCUCAUCCUCUUGGGGCUGGGAACCCAGUUCUGCCUGCUGGAGACGCUGGUGACGGCCAUCGUGGACGAGAUUGGCACAGACUGGAUUAUCAGGAACAAAACCGUGGUCACACUCUCAGUGGCCGUCGUUGGCUUCCUGCUGGGCAUCCCGCUCACCACGCAGGCAGGAAUCUAUUGGUUGUUGCUGAUGGACAACUACGCUGCCAGUUUCUCUCUGGUCGUCAUCUCCUGCAUCAUGUGUAUCUGCAUCAUGUAUGUCUAUGGUCACAGGAACUACUUCAAGGAUGUUGAGAUGAUGCUGGGCUUUCCUCCUCCUCUCUUCUUCAAAGUCUGCUGGAGAUUCAUCUCACCUGUCAUUAUCUCUUUCAUCCUGAUCUUCACGGUCAUCCAGUACAAGCCCAUCACUUACAAUGACUACGUGUAUCCCGGCUGGUCCCUGGCUAUCGGCUUCGCCAUGGCCCUCUCCUCAGUGAUUUGCAUACCCGUUUAUGGCUUGUACAAGAUUUCCAGGUCCCCAGGGGCCACCUUUAGAGAGCGGUUGAAGCACGCCUGCCGAGCACAUCCAAAGUGGGGCCCGGCCCUGGCCGAGCACAGAACAGGCCGCUACGCCCCCGCGGCCCCCGCUGACGCCAUCGAAGCCCAGCCCCUGAAGGAGAAGGAGAAAGAGAAGGAGAAGGAGGAGCUAAGAGAAGAGCACAAGGAGGAGGAGAAAGCGAAGGAGACGGAGCAGAAGGAUGAGAUCAGCCUCACCAUCCAGGGAAGCAACGGCUCCACCAACACACACAACAACCCCAACCCCAGUGCAUAGACGCCGCCUCUCUCUGUCAGCGCGACUGGGCCACCGUCUCCUCCUUCUCUUCCUCCCUUAUCCUCACUUCUCCUCCAUCCUCACCCUACUUUCCCACAGUUCUCUGUGGGGGAGAUCCCAUUCGCUGGAGACCUUUACAUAUUGUAAGGGCUUAUUAUAUCUAUCCUAACCUCUUCUAUCUGUCUGCAUGUUAUCUCUAGACAAAAGAAGAAGAAGAAAAAAAAAUGAAAGAAUCAAGGAAUUUGGGUCGUCAUCCAAAAGGUCUGCGUGUGUGCGACGAGCGUGUAAACGUGCGUUCAUGUGUGCCGGGAGUGAGUUGUCGAUUUGUUCCGCGUAAUUUAAUGAUAGAGUUUGCUCUUCCUUUCCUUUCGUUUUUUUUUUUUUUUUUUUUUUUUUUUGGUGUAAAACUUGUAAAUGUCAUCCUCAUCAUCAGCAGUUAGAGGUACAGUAGAUCGUGGAGCUGCAUGCGCUCGUUUUGUGCACGCAGUCGCAAAGAGAGGCGCGCCGUUCUCCGGUAUUCAGUCGGCCAGGUCCGUGCGGGACGGACGACUUCGUAGUGGCGGCGGUCGGACAGCCGGUGUGGUGCUGUAGCGUAGAGGGGCGGGAGGGGGGGGGGGACAGCGAACCGUGUCGGCACUGGCAUCUGACACGGACAAAACUGAAAAUAAGCUUCGUUCUGCAGCCAGAAAAAGAGGCGGACACACCGAAUCGCACUAGUAGACGUGAAGGAUCGAACCUGCUUUACUCAAACAGAAAGAAAUAAAAGGCCCAGUAAAUAAACUAAAUGUACCCAAACAUAUGAUGGCGUAAGAAGUCGCAUAAAUUGCAUUUUUGUAUUUUGUUUUUAGCUGUCAAAAUAUUCAAUAUUUGUAAUGAAUCAUGUCAUUUUAUUUAAUAAUGUUACAUAUACAUAUUCAUUUGUUUUCAUUUUUCAAUUCAUUUACUUGUUACAUGCAUUUAUUUUUUAUAUCUAAAAUGUUGAAUAUAAUUUUUUUUAAAUAUAUGGUCACCAAUUUUAUUCUUCAAAGAAUUGUCAUUCGCAUAUGACCAUUUAUUUCUUCAUUAUUUUUCUUGUUUUGAUGAAGUGACCAGUGAUAAAAGCAAUCGAUGAAAGUUUAAUCUUUUGCAAUGAAACAAACAAUAAUAUAAAACAUGAAAUAAGCAUGUGUUAAGAAUAUAAAUAAUGAACCGAAUGUUAAGGAAUAAAUGACUAAGAAAAUAACCAUAAAGUGAAAAUUCUCCAAAUAAAAAGGAGGAGUGAUAACCUUUUUUACGCAUUUGAUUAUGCUGUAAUUUUUUUUUAUUUAUUUUUUUUUUUAUAUCGCAAUCAUUUUAUUAGAUUUUUUUCGGUCCAUAAAUUUUUCUAUUGAGCCAUUUAUCAAUUUCUGUUUUCACUGACUAUGGCAGGUUUGGCCUUCCGUACAUACACUCUAAAUAGAGUAUUUUCCAGAGCACAGAGUGACCUCAGACUUAGUUGAUUUCAGUUUAGGACUAAGCCUCUUGUUUUCUUAUGCUGCUUAUUCUUCAAAUGAACCACAGAGCACAAAUAUUUAACUGCACCCAAGAAUAUGAAUGGCACUUGAGGCUGAUCUUCUGCGGGCAUUUCCCCAGUAGUCACUUUGUUUUUCACUAAAGCUGCUUAGGUUGACAAAUAAUAAUAACAAUGAAUUGUACUGUAAUGCUGUCUUUUCAUUCUCACAAGCAUUUUUGCUUUAUUUUUGAUAGAAGAGGUCCUAUUGCCCCAUUUCUCAGGGUCCAAGCGAAGGUAAAACUCUGCGGUUCCUUGCCUGCGGAAAUUGUUACAGCGAAUAAAACCACUGAAUUUUACCCUUGUCUGAAAAAAAAAACACAUAUGCACGCAUACAAACUGAAGUGCCAUCUCUUCUAAAGUCUUCCAGGCGUUGUUUUUGAGCGAAGUGCGUCUUAGGAUGUGAUCUCUGAAGGAAAAACCUGAGUACUAUAGUCGGCGUCUCUAAUGGGUCACAGUCGUCUGCCCCCAUCUGGCAUGCAACCUGAGUUACACGGGUGUUGCACAUUUUACGAUUUAGAAGCAGACGCUGUACGUGUUGGUCCUUUGCCGUCUGUGGAACCCUUAAGUGUAUUACUUUGUUUUCGAGCUCUGAGCCAAGCUGUUAGAGAAACAACAGGCAGAGAGAUGCCGCUUGUUUCCAGAAGACAACGGAAUAAAACUCUGCAGUGAAAUCUGUAGUUUUCUAUGUAGCUGUGACGGUUAUUGUUCUCUCUGUAGAUGUCGUCUUUUUACUUCUCAUUGUAAAGUUACUUAGUAAAUAAUAAUAAUAAUAAUAAUAAUGAAGACAGUAUGUGUUUAUUUUGUACAAAACAUAUAGAUUUGUGAUUAACCAUGUUUACCUGGUUUCCUCUUCUUAGACUGGGGAGACCUCUUUCUGAUGCAGGUUGAUGGCUUGAGUGUUUAAGUGGGAAAUGUCCGGUUCGGCGGCGUGUCGCGUGGCGUUUAUAAAGACAGAAACGACCCUAAUUAUACCCCCUCCACACAUCUACAUCAGAAACUUUACAAUGUCAUUUUUGUGACUCCGCAUGGUGAAAUGGUUUCGGUUUCAUUAGCAGAGACCACUUUUUUUUUUUUUACAGAUGACUUUAACCGUGACGUCGUUUCCUCAGGUUGACACAUGUGUUUUUAUGACUGUUAUGCUUCAGCGAGCACAGAGAGCAUGUUCUCUGUGUCGAGAGUCAUAUUGUACAUUCCUAUGUAGAAAUAGACUACUUCCAGGUUGGAAUUAGCUGCUAACUGCCAGUCAGCUUAAUUUAGCCGAAGAAGUGCAUUGGACAGAAACUGGGUAGCUAAAACUUUGACACUACCCAGGAACAUUUUCAAGCAGUAUGGUAGUCUGAAUUCCCGAGUUUCUUGUGAGAAAAAACUAACCGAAUACUCAAACUUAUAACAUUAAAUGUCAUAGAUCCCCAGCCAACCUCAAAUUUAUAAAUUUGGCUGCUGUUCACAUAAAACGUUAAAUUGCAGGGAUACAUAAUUUACACUUCUAACAUUCCCUAUAAAUUCACAGCGCACUUAAUACUGUACUAUCCCUGUACGGGGAUGUGACAUUUCAGUACUUAAACGUGUCAAAUGGAGAGAGAAAUGUUAGUAUUAGCUCACUUUGUCAACAGAAGUUGCCCUAAAACAAUUUCAAGCAGCUCAAGUUCAGAACUAAAUUUCAUCUUCUGAGGCAAAAAGAACUCAAACAGUUUUGCUACUUUGCUGUAACUAUGCAUUGCUGUAACUAUGCAUGAGCUGGUUUCAAAGUACACCUAGAAUUAAAGAAACAUUAUGUUCAGAAACCCUAAAAAUGUUUAGCAUUCCAUUCCUGCAGUAAAAUAAAAAAAGGUUUUUGUUUUACCCAGUAACUGCAGAUUGUAUGAAGUAAGAAAAUAGCGCAGAGGUGCAUAGUUUUUAGCUAGCAGGGGGGCGGGGGAAGCGACUGCACUACUUGUAAGGCCAACAAAUCGCCUGGAAAUAUUUCUGGCUGACAAAACAUGAGACAGUUGGUUGUAGAAACUAAAAGUGCACCAUCCUUCACUCUUUUUAAAGUUUUAAGCAGGCAGCUGCAGGCGAGCUAUCAAAUGAGCUGUCAAACAAGCAAUUGCUUGUUUGUGGUUCAGUUUUUAGAGAUUCACAUGUUUACAGAUUAUUCUGCUUAAGAUAUUUUUGGUGCUUAAAUUAAAUAAAAAAAAUAAAAAAAACAUGCAGUUUUAAGUGGAGGUCCACCAUAUAUUGAGCAAAAUGCUAAAAGAAAAAGUCAUAAUAUUCUUCUUAUUAAAUAAAUACUACUGCUAAACUUAGCUGGUAUGUUUUAUAUACGUUAUAGCUUAAAUCUGAGUGUCAAAAUCAAACUAAAUUAAUGUUAUAAAUAAUGUUGACGAUGCAUUAAGGAUCAAAGUUAUUUUAUGUAUUUCUGUAGAGGGGAAAAUUUGAUCUGUUGUUUUAAAUGAAAGCGAUUAGGCCAUGGUAUAAACUUAUACUUACAUUUUUUUAAUUGUAAAAAAAACGUCAAACUGUGGCAUUUUGAGGUGAAGGUAAUAACGGCUCAUUCCUAGUCAUAACAGGCGAGAUAAAUUAUUUUUGUUGUUGCUUAAAAAAAAAAACUGUCGUCGAACUGAACCGACGGCCUCGCAACACUCACACUAGCUAACAGUUUUGCGUAGCAAAAAUAUAGUGUGAUCAUUUUCAAAGGCGUUUUAGACAUAAAUUAUGUGCCUACUGCUAAUCUUUAUGCAAAGUUAAGCAAGGCUAAUACAAUCUCCUUACCAGAAAAACAUUUAUUUUGAUCUUUGACAGCACGAGGCACAUAUCUAGAAAAGGUGAACCUCUCUGUGAAAGUUUUGCUUCACAGGAAGACAUCCGAAAGCACUUCUUUGGACUACAUUUGCACCUACGGAUAGUUUUUAAUGUCUGAAUGCAGUUGCUCCAACAAACCACAAGAUGGAGGAAUGCUGACAAUAUGUAAAUAGAGUGAGAAACACAAGACCGACCUGCCCAAACAGAAGAAGAAAAAAAAGAGAGAUGUGUUAAUAGAGCAACAAUAAGAGAAAUAUGAGCACAUAAAGUAAAAUGCGAAGAAGCACAAUGGACAUUCUGAAACAAGCACACAUGGUGUUCCAGCCUUUUAACUUGCUUUUGUACAGAACAGCUCGGAGAAUGAGUCCUGGCUAAUCUCCUAGAUAUUUUUACACCAAUCAUUCCAGCCAUAAGGAGUGUUUUACUAUGUUCUUUUCUCUUUUUUUUUUAAAUAUCAAGGUAAAGGAAAAGCAGGUGCUUUUUGACCCCAUGAAUUAUCAUCCUCUUUCUAAAUCUCUUGGUUAGUGUCGUUAAAUAAAAAAUAAAAUAAAUAAAUGUAAAAUAGGGUUUUGCUCGCUGAAAGGUGAAAGAAGAAGGUAUUUUUGCUCGGUGUCUAGUGGGAAACAUGUAGCUCAGGCAUCGUCCCGUUCGUUUGUCGGCCCGUCUCCGUGUGACCACCAUGCAUACCGACCCCUUUACUCACUCUGCUGGACCCUCAUCUCCUCCUGCUAUUGUACAGUAAUGUAAAAAAAAGAAGAAGAAACAACAUAAUCAGACUGUGUUUGUGUUUGCUUUUGCUUCGGUUCGGGCGGGUUUGUGUUUCCGUGGAUCCGAGGGAGGAGCGGGCUUUGACUGACUUUCACUUGUCAUGUUUCUGGUAGUGUAAAGUAGACGAUGUCAGGUGUAUUAUGUAUUACAUGUGUAAUAGAUUAGCUCUCGCUGCAGAAACCCGCAUGUAGAGCAGGCUGCUGUCAGCGUCGAUGUCCAUGUACCCCGUAAUCCCCAAGAAUUAGUUAGCUCUAACAGUGAAAACCGUUAGUGGAAAAGAAGAGAAAUGAACAGAUUUUGUACUAGAAGUUGAGAGAGAAGACUAUUGUUAGCUUCGUACUUUAGGAAUUGUUUAUCCAUCGUUCAUGACACUUUGUUUUUGAAGUUGUUCCCAUUGAAGUUGAAAGAAAAAAAGCCAGCUGAUAUUAAAAAGCAUUGCCAAACAAAAAAGCUUUGGAUUGAAACUUGAACUACAAACGAAUGGAGACGCAUGCAUCACAAUGCUUUUGUUUUCUUGUUGUUGAUUUUUUUAAAUUUUCUUCUCCUUAACAGUAUUGCAUCUCGAAGCUGUUUUAACGCUGUGCAGUGCCAACAGUAUCUCAGUGUUUACCUUGGUGUUAGCGUGUUUCUGGCUGUUUCUGUCGACGUAUUUGUGUGAAAAGCGGAACAUAAACACCAAAAUCGCCCUGCGGCCGAGGCUGGGUCCGCACUCAGAGCUCGCCUCCGCGUUUCCGUGCGCGUCGUCGUCGGGAAGCGUCAUCUCUUUGGUGACUUUGCAGUCAAAUGAUCCGAGAUGUAACGUGUCGGAAACGCGAAAUGUCGUGUGUUCAACACGGAGAGUCACGUUUGCCACGAUCAAGAGCAAAUGCAGAAAUAAAUUGAACUACUUUGAGUGCAAAACCACCAAGAAAUGAUAAAAAAGACUUCACUUUUAUUCUUGCAAUAUGGAAUAAACUGACAUUUAUAUUUUAAUCUUUAACUGCACUAGUUUAUUUAUUUUAUCCUUCUAAAUUUUCAUGUAUGUAUUUUCUUUCAUUUUUAUGUACUUAUAUAAGGACAUAUUUAGUUUUGUACUGCUAUUCUUUGAUAUUUUUUUUCCCCCCUAGCGUUUUCAAUAUUGUCUUUUUAAGUUUUUUUUUGUUUAUUACGGUCAAUUAACUAAAAAUAAAAUAAAAGAUAAAAAUGAGAAAAAGAGUAAAGAAUUUUAAAAAUCUGAAUCUAAGAUUGUCAGCUUUCUGACAAAGUAAAGCACAGUAUUGAAAACAUUUGGGGAAAUAAAACCAAUAAGAGUAAACCAGUACAGACGUAAACAUGCAAAAGUAGUCAAAUGGAAGUGAGCAAAUAAAAGCACCAACAGAAACAAAACAGUAGAGCUGAUUAUUUAUUCCUCUUCGUACGCCUACAUAAUGAUCUAAAGCUAAUUUUUGUUGUUGUAUUUUUUACUUUGCAUAAAGACUGAAUGAUUUCUGUAUUUCUUCCUGAUUGUGGCGGGUUUGGUGCUCCAAAUGUCCUGAACUACUGCUAAAGAAAAACAGAAUUGAUCCAGGUCUCCAGCUACUAAUAAGUAAUCACUUCCAUCAUCUCUCCACAAAUACUGAUGCUGAUGAAAAAUAAACGUAGGAUUUUUUUUUUCCUCAAACAAACAAACAGAAAUGUGCUGAUGAGAAAAACUCUAAACUGUGACCUUCUGCAUCUCUGUGGUAAACGGCAGAACUUUACCUCUUGAAUUUCUUACUACUGUUCAUACGAGCAUAUUCAUACUGCAGCACUUUAGUGGGUUUUUUUUCCUUUUUGAAAACAGAAUAUAGAAAUUUCCAUAUUUCUUUUUUUCUUAAAAAAAAUAAAAGCACAAGAAAAGAAAAUAAUUUGUUAUCCAAGGUUACGGUGGAGAGAAACUGCAGUGUUGCAUUUGAUGGGAUGGAGAGGUUGAAAAGAGAACACAGCUCUUCUGGUACUUUCUAUCAUAUAUAUAUAUAUAUAUAUAUAUAUAUAUAUAUAUAUAUAUAUAUAUAUAUAU